AGGGAGGCGUUGACUGACUCAAGCUAACGUCGUCUGCUGGCCGACGCCGCGUGAACCUUCCGUGAGCUCUGUGCGCACAUACUGUUAAUGAGUGGAAAGGCACAGAAAUGUCGGGGAAGAGUUUUCGAGUCAGCGACGGUGACUGGAUUUGUCCCGAUAAAAAGUGUGGUAAUGUGAACUUCGCCAGAAGAACAAGUUGCAACAGAUGUGGCAGAGAGAAAACCACAGAGGCCAAGAUGAUGAAAGCAGGAGGAACAGAAAUUGGGAAAACCCUGGCUGAGAAGAGCAGAGGCCUCUUCAGUGCAAACGAUUGGCAGUGCAAAACAUGCGGCAAUGUGAACUGGGCGAGACGGUCCGAGUGUAACAUGUGCAACACUCCGAAGUACGCCAAGCUGGAAGAAAGAACAGGUUAUGGAGGCGGUUUCAAUGAAAGGGAAAAUGUGGAAUACAUAGAACGGGAGGAAUCUGAUGGUGAAUAUGAUGAGUUUGGUAGAAAAAAGAAAAAAUAUCGUGGGAAGAGCAACAGCUCAAGUUCAGCAAAAGAAGUUGAAAAGAAAGAAGUGCCAAAAGAUGAAGUCGAGGAGGAGGAGGAGGAAGAAGAAGAGGAGGAGGAAGAUGAAGACGGUGACCUUUCAAAAUACAAACUGGAUGUAAGAUCAGCGAUUAGUCAUUCUUAUAACUUCUCCCAGAGGGCUACAGCUUUCUUAAUUAAAAGACGAAGAAGAAAAACAAAUGUUUCUUUGCAGGAUGACGAGGAUGAUGAAGAUGGGGAUCUAUCAAAGUAUGAUCUCAUUGCCAGUGAUGAGGACGAAAAGCCAGCCAAGAAAAGCGGCAGCCGCUCUGGUUCCUCUCGCUCGUCCUCGCGCUCUUCUAGCUCCAGCUCUCGGUCGAGGUCCAGGUCCCGUUCUAGAAGUUCUUCCAGUUCCAGAUCUGGAUCUCGUUCGAGAUCUCGCUCCAGAUCGAGCUCCAGGUCUGGGAAGGGCUCCUCUCCCCUGAAGAGGUCCCGCUCACCGUCCUCCUCCCCCGAGAGGAGACAGAAGCGCAGUCGCUCCAGGUCUUCGUCUCGAGGAAGAAAACGCAGACGCUCUAGAUCCCGUUCGUCCGAAAGGUUUGGGUUUCUGUGGAAUACCACGAUGGCACUGAUUAUAAUUAGACCUCUGUUGGACCGCUUAUGGGAGAUCAGAUUUACAAAGAUAUGCCCACAUUUUGCCAUUGUGUUUUAAACAUUUUGACACUGUUUAAAUCUGCUUACCUUGCUUCAUGUAUACACCGUGCGCCAAUGGCCGCCUCUGCUGACCUCGUUGUCCUUCCCACGAUGUUUGUGUGAUUUCAGGCGCAGCGACCAUUCGUCUGGAUCGUCCCACUCUGGCUCCAGUUCUAAAAAGAAAUAACUUUCUUACAGCCUCAUAAACCAGUAAAGUUUAGUGGAAGUGCAUGUCGUGUCGCAAACACAACAACCAUACACCGUCAGUAUGCUCUUCGUUGUCAUAACCUCGCAAAAGUCUUACUCCUAAUCAUCAAGAAAAGCAGACAACAUGAAAUCAUCUUGUCAUUACCUAUGUGCUCCCUUUUUAAAAAAAAAAAUUACCUGGAGUGUUUGUAAUUAUAGAUGUCCAAUAGGUAAAACAAAAAAGUCCUAAUGGGGGGAAAAUGAUUAUUACACAUAAAGGGUUCGCCUUUAAAACCCAUCCUGCCUAAAAUCUUCAUGAGCAUUUAGCUCUGGUCAUGUGUUGAACUGGAGCAAUUUUUUUUUUUUUUUUUUUUU